AUGUCUUCAAUGGGCUCGCCCGUGAGCAACACCAAUACGGAUGUUGAUGUCCCCCAGUCGAUACCAUAUCGUGCUUCUGAAUCUGAAGCUAGAUUUCCACCUCAAUCUCAACACCACCAUUCCACAUCUUUAUCAGCUGAUAGCACUCGGACCAAAAAAUGGGCUCCAAAGACUUUCAAUGGCUGUCUGACCUGCAAAAAGAGAAGGAUCAAGUGUGACGAAGAGAAACCAAAAUGCCUGAGAUGUACUAGAUCAAACAUCAACUGUCUCGGCUACGCGCCACCCAGGAUCCGACUAUUCGAACCCACCUCAUCAUCUUCAGCAAGACCGGCGGUGUCGACAAACCCGCCCUCCAACCGGCUCCAGCUGCAAUCCUACCUUACCUCCCAUCCUCAUCCGCAAGGGCUAGCUCUCACCUCCACGUUCGGAACAGAAGAAGAAUGCCAAUCCUUUCAAUUCUUCCUAGAGAAGACGUCCGACCUUAUCUCGGUCUACUCAAACCCAUAUUUAUGGACGGUGAUCCUGCCGCAAGCGACAUGGCAUGAGCCUGCCAUCAAACACUCCGUCAUAGCCCUAGCAUGCCUGCACCUGUCCUUGACUACCGUCGAAUCGAGCUCGGUCAGAUCGAAUAACAAGUUUGUGUACCACUACAACAACGCAAUUCGGGCACUGCUCGAAGGCAAGCUACCGGUCGACAUUGUACUCGCGGCAUGCGUCAUCUUUUGGGCACUGGAGAACUUUAACGGCAGCAGUCAGGCGGCAUUUGAUCACAUGAAAGCAGCCAUCACAAUACUGGGCGAAUGGAAAGCCAAACUCGGGCCAGACAAACCUGCCGACGACCUCAUCUCCACUUACCUUGAACCAAGUAUUCGGGAUUGCAUCAAAUUUGUUUCCAAGAACAGGCUGGAAGAGCUGCAAGGCCAGAUGUCAACGCUGUCGCUGAGCGCACAGGACAGGAGAAUCAUGAACAUUGAGCUUCCCACCUUCCAGACCCUGAAUGCGGCUAGUGACUAUCUGGGCCAAUGUAUCCAGGCAAUUCUGACAUUGCAACAUAUGCCACUCAGUCCCGAGCUGACUGAGACGAUCCAGGAGAUUGAUGCGAGAUUGUACAAAUGGAUGAGCCUUUUUCAGAACCUGGCAGCGACGGGCCCGGUGUUCCAACGCAGGAUGUUGGUGGUGCACAAUGUCGCAGCAUAUAUUUUACUUGAUCAGGUGAAGGCUCAGACAUCCUACUCCUACUCAAGGGAGUCGUCGCAGCAGGAGCAGUGUCGGUGCAAGUUCAUCGUCCACGAGGUCGAGGAGAUGCUGAAGAACGACCUUGUUGCCAUGGGCGAGUCCUUCCGGGAACUGCCGUCGGCGCUGGGUCUGAUCCCACCAAUCUUUCUCGCAGCCACGUCGUCGACGAAAGCCGAAGUCAGAAGAAAAGCAAUGAUGGCACUCAGAUUGGCGAAAGUGGUGGAGGGCUCUUGGAACAGCGAAACCGCGGCCAGUAUUGCCGAAGCUCUGGUAGAAAUUGGGGAACGGUUUCCUCUUCCUCAUUCUUCACAAGUCGGUCUGCGCCAUGUCAAGCUUGCAGUCGACAAGCACACACGCGUACUGUCCAUUCAGAUGGGGUCAGGGUCAAAGUCAGGGCUAUGGCCAGGACCAGGGCCAGAGUCAGAGUCAGAAUCAAAGUCAAAGCCAGAGCAAGGACGGUCUAGAGAAGACGGCUUUGUCUUUGCCAAAGAAAUUACACUCCAUGGCUUAGACUGGCUGGAUCUUGUAAGUAUUUAUACUCCUGCAAGUUUCAAGUUUCAAGUUUCUGCUGGGGGCUUUCCACAGCGGCUGGAAAUCUAA